UUUCCUCUGACAAGUAGAUGUAUAUAAAGGUUCUGUUUACAACUUGGUCAGAUAGUUAGGAGUCUUUGUUUUUGUCUUCGAAACACGUCAAAAUGUCCUGACUGUGUCGCAGCCAAGUUAUUUUUUCACAACAGUUCGAUGGAAUAUAUGAUAAGUUAGUGGCGAGCGUUUUUAAGAUAGAGUUUUAUUUUUUUUUCUAAUAUCCCCCCCCCCCUCCUUUGUUUUUCCUUUACUUGUGACAGAAGACAGAGGCCGCAUCUGGAAACUUUAUUUCACGAUUACCCAAAAGUUCAAGGAGCAUUUCUGUUAAAAGUAGCAGCCAUGGUGUUGUUGGCUCUGGGCAGGAGAACAAACAGCAGCACCUCAGACACCAAAGAAUCGCCAGUUGUCAAACGCAAGGUUUUGCCAGUUGAAUACAAAGCAGGCGAUGACUUUGACUUCUGCUCUGGUGCGUCACAUUCGGAGGGAAUCCUUCAGGUGUUCAAUGAGUUCCGCGACUGCCGCCUUUUCACUGAUGUGGUCAUCAGCGUGCAGGGCCGCGAGUUUCCCUGCCACCGUGCUGUGCUCUGUGCCUGCUCUUCCUACUUCAAAGCCAUGUUCUGCAAUGAUCACCGUGAGAGCAGGGAGAUGCUGGUUGAAAUCAACGGCAUUGAGGCCAAGGCGAUGGAGGCCUUCCUCAACUACGUUUACACUGGGCGUGCCAAGAUCACCACCGAGAAUGUCCAGUUUCUCUUUGAGACCUCCAACCUCUUCCAGAUCACCACACUGCGGGAUGCUUGUGCAAAGUUCCUAGAGAACCAGCUUGACCCAUGCAACUGUGUUGGCAUUCAGCGCUUUGCGGAUGCUCACGCUCUCAAGCAGCUUGCUAGCCGCUGCAAAAAUUACGCCUUGGCAAACUUCUCAGAAGUGUCAAACCACGAAGAGUUUCUUGACCUACGGCUUGAAGAGCUCAAAGACUACAUUGGCAGAGAAGAUUUGUUCGUCAGUAAGGAGGAGAUAGUGUUUGAGGCAGUGAUGAAAUGGGUGUACCACAACGUGGACCAAAGGCGGCCCAUGCUAAACAGUUUGCUGCAGCACGUUCGGCUGCCCCUGCUUCACCCCAAUUACUUCGUCCAGACAGUGGAGGGAGACGAGCUCAUCCAGAAUGCUCCAGAGUGCUACCAGCUCCUCCAUGAGGCCAGGCGCUACCACGUGCUAGGAAACGAAAUGAUGUCACCCAGAACUCGUCCACGCAGGUCGACUGGCUACUCAGAGGUGAUUGUAGUGGUUGGGGGUUGUGAGCGAGUGGGGGGCUUCAACCUGCCCUACAACGAUUGCUAUGAUCCAGUCACAGGGGAAUGGAAAUCCCUGUCGAAGCUGCCUGAGUUCACCAAGUCAGAGUACGCUGUCUGCGCCUUGCGCAAUGACAUCUUGGUGUCUGGAGGACGCAUUAACAGCAGGGAUGUGUGGCUGUACAACUCCCAGCUCAACCUUUGGAUCAAAGUGGCUUCUCUUGUCAAAGGCCGCUGGAGACACAAGAUGGGUGUCCUGCUGGGCAAGGUAUUAAAAAAAAUGUAAAUCCUUAUGUUUCAAAUG